AUGGGACCAGAUAUGUGUGGGAUACUACAGCAGUUGCUACAGGGUCAACAAAGAGCUGAGAGUCAGUAUGCUUCAAUGGAACAAGAGAUAAGGGAGCUGAAACAGAAUCAGGCAUCUACUUCAAGAAGCCAAGGUGGCUUACCUGGUAAGCCUGAACCAAACCCAAAAGAGUAUGCUAAAGUCAUUACAUUGAGAAGUGGCAAAGAGCUACCAGGUUUAGAGCAUAACAAUGUGAUCAUUAAGGACAAUGAUCAAAUUGGUGGGGAGGCAGCCCCCAGGGAUGAUCAAGAAGCUGAAAGAUCAAAGAAAGGGAAGGCCAAAGAGGUGGAAAAGCUAUUAGAAUCAGAAAAGCCUUAUGUUCCACCACCUCCCAAUCAACCUAAGCUCCCAUAUCCAGGAAGAUUUAAGAAGCAGUUUUUAGAUAAAGCAAGGGCACUCUUUGAGAAGACUCUUAAUGAAACACCACUUACAAUGCCUCUCAUUGAAGAAUUUCUGAUGAUGCCUAAGCUUGGAAAGCUUCUAAAAUAUGCUAUCUUGAACAAAACUAAAGAGCUACAAGAUAUGGUGGUGCUUAGCCAUGAGUGUAGUGCCAUCAUUCAGAAAAGUUCAGUCCCAAGGAAGCUGUCUGAUCCAGGGAGCUUUACUCUUCCUUGUGCUAUAGGAGCAUUGAUGUUUACACACUGCCUUUAUGACUUGGGAGCAUCUGUCAGCUUAAUGCCAUUUUUUAUAGCAAGAAAGCUUGGAUAUAGAGUGUUCAAACCUGCUAGAAUCUCUCUUGUUCUAUGUGAUAGAUCAGUAAGGCUACCUGUUGGGAUGUUAGAGGACUUGCCAGUCAAGAGAGGCGGUUUUGAAGUGCCUACAGAUUUUGUUGUUCUAGAGAUGGAUGAAGAGCCGGUUGAUCCACUGAUUUUGGGAAAGCCAUUCUCGGCCACAACAGGAGCAAUCAUUGAUGUAAGAGGUGGCAUCAUUGGGCUACAACUUGGUAAAGAAAAGCUGAAGUUUGAUAUCAAGGACAUGAUGAAAAACCUACCAUAG